AUGAAGACCACUCGAAAAUGCCGUGCUCUGUUAUCAGUAGGUUUGAAUUUAUUAGCUCUUUUAUUUUCUACGACGGCUUUCAUCACAACGUACUGGUGCGAGGGCACCCAGAGGGUUCCCAAACCUAACUGCAGUAAAGAAAGACGACAUAAUUGCAUUGACUAUGGGGUGAACGAAACGGACCCGAAUAAAGUUCACUACAGCUGGGAAACGGGAGACGACAGGUUUCUCUUCAGACAUUUUCACACGGGCAUCUGGUACUCGUGUGAGGAGAACAUCCAUGGUGGAGGUGAGAAGUGCAGGAGCUUCAUCGAUCUGGCCCCAGCGUCUGAGAGAGGUGUCCUUUGGUUGUCAGUGGUCUCUGAGGUGCUAUACAUCAUGCUUCUGGUGGUGGGAUUCAGUCUAAUGUGCCUGGAGCUUUUUCACUCCAGUAACGUGAUCGAUGGGCUGAAGCUGAACGCCUUCGCGGCCGUCUUCACCGUGCUCUCAGGUCUGCUGGGGAUGGUAGCUCACAUGAUGUACACCCAGGUCUUCCAGAUAACGGUCAGUUUGGGACCAGAAGACUGGAGACCUCACACCUGGGACUACGGCUGGUCCUUCUGUAUGGCCUGGGGUUCCUUCACCUGCUGCAUGGCGGCGUCCGUCACCACCCUCAACUCCUACACAAAGACUGUUAUCGAGUUUCGGCACAAACGCAAGCUCUUCGAGCAGGGCCUUCGCGAAGAGCAGACCUUCCUCGACCCCGAGGCCUUCCACUACUUCCGCAACAGGUCCGUCCAGUCCAUCUCCAGCUCCGUGGACGUCUACCCAAGCCACGCCGGCGGCCACAGCAGCGGCAGGAGCAAAAUACGGGCGCCGUCCACCUCCGUGGACCUGGGGGAGAACACAGAGUCCCUGGGAGAGGAGCAGUGCUGA